AUGAUAAAAACAAAUUUAUGUAAGUUAUACAGAACGCUUACCAUUUUACGAAUAAGAAAGUUGCACCGGUGUCCUUUACAAAUCACUGCAAAUAAACAAUUUCCAGUUGUACCCACUAUUUCUAACAAAUAUGAGAAAAACGAUGAUUUUAAUUUUCCAUUUAAGGUACCAUGGGGCAUCUUUAGUUUAGUUGCAAGUUUAGUGUUUUGUGAAGCAAGCAGAUUAGAUCGAGAUGAGCAAAGGUUGUUUAAGGCUUGUCUUUUUGGUUUAACUCAUGAAUUAGAAAGGUUGGUAAAACAGGGUGUAGAUAUUAAUAGAAGGCAUCAGUUAGGCUGGACUCCACUUUUAGUAGCUACUGUUAAUGGAAGAUAUGACAUUGUUGAAUACCUUUUGAAAAAUCAAGCUGAUCCAAAUCUCAGUGAUAACUAUGUGAAUCCUAAUAGAACUGCGAAUGAAAAAGGAAUGCAUCCGAUUGAAGUUUUGAUGGCAAGGGAUGAAGAAUUUUCAAGUUCUUUAAACAACAAGGCAACUUUCCUAGGAUUUACUGCUUUACAUUAUGCUGUUUUAACAGAUAAUUUGGACAUUGCAAAACUAUUAAUAAAAUAUGGUGCCAAUCCUACUUUACAGAAUGAUAUGGGACACACACCAUUGAUGUAUGCCAAAGAUCCUGAGAUUAAACAAUACUUGGAGAAAGAGAUGUCUAUUUUCGAAGAGAAGCAAAAAGAAAAAGAAUUAGAAGAACGUAGAAGAUAUCCUCUAGAAGAAAGACUUAAGAAACACAUAGUAGGACAAGAAGGUGCGAUUGCAAUUGUUUCUGCAAAAAAGUUUGCUGUACGUAGAAAAGAAAACGGAUGGGCCGAUGACGAUCACCCCUUGGUAUUUUUAUUUUUGGGAUCAUCAGGCAUAGGCAAAACAGAACUAGCAAAACAAUUGGCAAACUACAUGCACAAAGGACAAUCACAGCCAUUCAUUAGAUUAGAUAUGUCAGAAUAUCAGGAGAAACAUGAGGUAGCUAAACUUAUUGGAGCCCCUCCAGGCUACAUAGGCCACGAUGAAGGUGGUCAGUUAACGAAAAAACUGAAGAAAUGUCCAAACGCAGUGGUACUAUUUGAUGAAGUAGACAAGGCACAUCCAGACGUCUUGACUGUGCUUCUUCAGCUGUUUGAUGAGGGCAGACUAACAGACGGCCAAGGAAAAACCAUCGAAUGCAAAGAUGCUAUUUUUAUUAUGACAUCUAAUCUGGCAAGUGAUGAAAUAGCUAACCAUGGGUUGAGGUUACGACAAGAAGUGGAAAAGUUGAAAGCGGAUAGAUUGGCUGUUCCUGAUUCACCAGAAGCCGAGCAGAAAAUAAGUGAUACCAUAACAGUUUCAAGGAAAUUUAAAGAUGAAGUAGUAAAACCAAUUUUGAAGCGACAUUUCAAGAGGGACGAAUUUUUAGGUAGAAUAAACGAGAUCGUGUACUUCUUGCCGUUCUCCAGAAACGAGCUCAUUCAACUAGUUACGAGAGAAAUGCAGCAGUGGGCACAAAAGGCAAAAGAAAAGCAUAAAAUAGAAAUAAGUUGGGACAGAAGCGUAGAAUCGGCACUAGCCGACGGCUACGAUGUGAGUUAUGGUGCUAGAUCGAUCAAGUACGAAGUUGAGCGUCGUGUAGUUAACCAGCUAGCUGCUGCGCACGAGCAGGGCUUCAUCGGUAAAGGAUCCGCAGUUCAGGUAUGCGCGUCGUGGCCAGAAAACUCGGAUUGCGCAGAAAUUAAGCUCAAGGUUAAGCGAAGCGGGUUGAAGGAUUUCGUUGAUCUAGAUCAUUCAAGGCUGUCAUUAAAGAAUUUGUCAUCGAUAUUUAAGUAA